AUGUGUCGGUUCAUGAUAUACAAGGGCAAAGAGCCCAUGAUGCUUUCUGACCUUCUCACAAAGCCUGCCCACUCAAUCAUCAACCAAUCAUUUGACUCCAGGCUCAGAUUGGAUAUGAGGAACCCGAUCAAUGGAGACGGCUUCGGUGUGGGAUACUACAGGAAAAAUGACCAGCCUUGUAUAUUCAAAGCCAUCACGCCAGCUUGGAACAAUGUUAAUUUGAAUUCCCUAUCAAACUGUACAGAGUCUCUGCUCGUCUUUGGACAUGUUAGAGCGUCCACUCAAGGAGUUCUUUCUGAGACAAAUUGCCAUCCGUUUCUGUAUGGAAGGAUCAUGUUCAUGCACAAUGGCGGCAUCUCUUGUUUCGAUAAGAUCAAAAGAAGGCUCAUGAAUCAUAUUGAGGACAAGUUCUUUACGUUUAUCCAAGGGUCCACCGACAGUGAAUGCUGCUGUGCAUUGCUUCUAGAUACUUUGCAAAAGAUGGGUUACGAUGCAGAAGAUCCGAAGACAGAAUUCGGUCACAAGGUUUUAAGACAAGCUACACUACGAACAAUCGAGUUAAUAAAAAAUUGGCAAUGUGAGGUGACUUCAGAACCAUCCUUGUUGAAUUUCGCUGUCACCGAUGGAGAGUCUGUAGUUGUCACUCGUUACAUUACAUCGAAAACAGAUGAGGCAGCUUCGUUACAUUUCAGUACCGGCUCGAGAUUUUUGGAGUACGAGUCAGGCUUGUACAGAAUGGAAAGACUCAACAGAUCUCAGGAUGUGGUUUUCGUUGCUAGCGAACCGCUCACAUUCGAACGUGGGGACUGGAUUUGCGUACCUACAAAUACUAUGAUAUCAAUUACGAAGAAUAACACUGUUCUCAUGCAUCCUAUCGAAGACGAGUUUUGGAUUGACAGCCUGGUGGAGAGAUCGUCUGGUUUGGCCAUGAGCAAGGGUCUUAUGGGCGGCAUACCGACUAAACCAAACACAGAGCCAAGUGCUGAAGAUGGAGUGGAUAGUACAGUGGCACACUUACCGCCACUAGAACGUGAAGGCAGAAAGACAAGCGAAGUAGCAUUAUAG